CUGCGCUCUCGGAGAAGCACCCACAUCUGGGGUCUGACACGCCAAGGGCGAGACAUGGCUCUGCUAGAACUCGCCAUGCAAGGACUGUCCCUCUUCGGAUUCAUUCUGUUCAUCGUGCUGUGGCUCAUGCAUUUCAUGUCCAUCAUCUACGUCCGUCUUCACCUCAACAAGAAGACCACAGACAAGCAGCCGUACAGUAAACUUGCUGGGGUGUCACUGCUAAAGCCUCUAAAAGGAGUGGACCCCAACCUUAUCAACAACCUGGAGACCUUCUUUGAACUUGACUACCCAAAGUAUGAAAUUCUCCUCUGUGUCCAAGACCAUGAUGAUCCUGCCAUUGAUGUUUGUAAAAAGCUUCUGGGCAAAUAUCCCAACGUUGAUGCAAGAUUAUUUAUAGGAGGAAAGAAGGUUGGGAUUAACCCAAAGAUAAACAACCUUAUGCCUGGAUACGAGGUGGCGAAGUAUGACCUGGUGUGGAUCUGCGACAGCGGGAUACGAGUGAAAUCAGAUACCCUCACCGAUAUGGCCAAUCAGAUGACAGAGAAGGUGGGAUUGGUGCAUGGCCUCCCGUACGUGGCGGAUAGACAAGGCUUCGCUGCCACAUUAGAGCAGGUGUACUUUGGGACAUCCCACCCACGCUCCUACAUCUCAGCCAAUGUGAUGGGCAUUAAAUGUGUGACAGGCAUGUCGUGCCUCAUGAGGAAGGAUAUCCUGGACCAGGCCGGGGGGCUCAUCGCUUUUGCCCAGUACAUUGCGGAGGACUACUUCAUGGCCAAGGCCAUUGCGGACAGGGGGUGGAAAUUCGCUAUGGCAACGCAGGUAGCCAUGCAGAACUCGGGCUCUUAUUCAAUUGCACAAUUCCAGUCUCGCAUGAUCAGGUGGGCCAAGCUGCGCAUCAACAUGCUCCCAGCCACCGUCUGCGAGCCCAUCUCCGAGUGCUUCGUGGCCAGCCUCAUCAUCGGCUGGGCGGCGCACCACGUGUUCCGCUGGGACAUCAUGGUCUUCUUCAUGUGCCACUGCCUGGCCUGGUUCAUCGCAGACUACAUCCAACUCCGAGGCAUCCAGGGAGGCCCCCCGGCCUUCUCCAAGCUGGACUAUGCCGUGGCCUGGUUCAUCAGGGAGUCCAUGACGAUACAGAUCUUCCUCUCAGCGCUGUGGGACCCCACGAUAAGCUGGAGGACUGGCCGCUACCGCUUGCGCUGUGGGGGAACAGCAGAGGAGAUCCUGGAGGUAUAACCCAGACGGGUCCAGAGACUGUACAGAAGCAAGCGAAAAAAUGGUAACAAAAAGCAAUGGAAAAGUGGAGCAUGGAAAGGAAAAAAAAAAAACUUCAUAGGACAAUUAAGGUUUUAAGAGAAUUCAACUUUUGAUAGUUUUUAUGUGGAAAAAAAAUAUGAAAUCCCUGUUUUUAAUGAGAAGAUGUGUACCUUCCUUCCAAAAACCAGUCUGUGUUGAAAGGAAGGAGAGGACAAAGAAGGGAGGGUGUAAAUAUUUAUUGCUGUAAAGAAGGCAAAAACCUAAGGCUAAGAAUCCUUCUGAGGGCUAGAGACAGGAGUGGGAGGCAAACAGUAGGAAUUACAACUGCAGGCCUUUGUUUUUAGUUUCUUUUUUAUCUUGGUGACACAUUCCAUGAGUGGUUAACAGCACCGUAUUUAUCUUGUAGCCAUAAUAUAGCCAAUUGAUUACCAAAUACGAUAAUGUAAUCUUAUUGAAAUGUGAACUCCUAUCAUUUCGGCAUAUAAAUUACUAGUAGCACUAAUGCAGUUAGUUGACUAUUGCUGCCUUAGUGCUGUGUAGUUAUUGUCAAUUGAAUGCAGUGUUGCCUUUUUGAAGUGCUGCCUACUGAAAGUUUCAACAAAAGGAUCCACUCAGGACCACUUUGUGUUUACUAGUCAGAUAUUUCAAGCAAUAUUUAAAGUAAAAGUAGGGAGUGAUUUGUACAUAGCUGGCUCUGGCUUUGUGUGUUGUUUCUGAGAUCAGUAAUGUUUCCAAGUAUCACAAGAUGAUGCUGACAGGAUCGUCCCCAGCACGCCAUCAUCAGCCAGCCAAUGUGAAUGGCCAUCAGGGUGAAUCUAGCAGUUAUUUACCAGCAAAUAACAUUUUUUUUUUCCCAUAAUUUGAAACAUGGAUACUAGAACAGCUUACCAGGCUUUACGUUUUGAAUGCUCUCGUAGACAUUGUCAGAAAGCUCACGAGUGUUUCUGGGUAAAUUAUCUCGAAGCACUUGAAACUUCUUUAAUGGUGUGCAUUUAUACCGAAGUCAUAGGAAUCUGCUGUCUAAAAGGACAGGUCUCGUACCUUACCGGUGUGCAUAUGUGCAAGGUCAGAAGAUUCACGCAAAUUUCGACCAUGCUGUCGAGUAUCGAUGUGGCCAUUUGUUUCUGUGCUUAAUGUCACUUCAUGAUGGUGUUCCAUGAAGCACAGUCAGUAUUUCCCUGAGGCAUAUUUCAGUGUUUAUCCGCAAGGGCACUGACAUCUGAACAGUCCACUUUAUUUCAAACUUGCAUCCCAUUUCAUAUGUUUUUGACACUUUAGGCAGGCAAUUUGCCUGUACAGUUAAAACAAGUAAGCACUGUGUAACAAUUGUGCAAAUCUACAUUGUUGUAUGACAGAAAGGGUCAGUGUGAUUUUAUGCCAAGGGCAGUUUGGUUGAAUUGGCUUUAGCUUUUCUAAAAGAUGUAGUCUCUUAAAACUAUAGCAGUGUUUUGAAAUUAGUCUAAGGAAUUACCAAACAUCAAGAAAAUUCCAGAUUGACACGUUUCAAAAGAUUAGACUGCUAACACCAGACAGUGUGUUUGAGCUGUCUGCAUUCCAUAGAUAGGCCUUGAAAUAUUGUUUCAGAACAAAGUGAACAAAAGAGACACAUUCAGGUUCAGCAGUGGCAAGAACUGGGCAGCAGUGUGGAGAGGCAUUUUUGGCAAAGGCACCCCUGUACUGAUGGCCCCUCUGGGUCUGCUAUUUCUGAUACCUCUGCUGCCCCUUAAAGAGAAAACACUUUUGAACAAAAUGAUUGAAAAAAAAAAUGCUUGCCAUUCAAUGCCAGACUGUAUCUGAGCCAUGUUAGGAAGUUAAAUCACCUUACAUUUAUAUAGUAGUCUUUCCAACAAGAGAGAUGUCAAAAUGUUGUUUACAAGAACUGCAGCACCAUCACUGAUGAAAUCGAGUGUGUGUGGGAGGAAUCCUCUUCGAUCCGUCUGUCUGUGUUUGUGUAGUCAUUCUGGGGAAACGUGGCACAGUAUUGACGAUUGGCACACGCCUACGAGUGGUACACUUUUGGUAGAUUUGACAUGUAUCACAAUCACGAAAGCAAGUUUUAAGUCAAACAAAACCCAAAUUUAGUACAGCGCGUUUGUCAAAUGCCAUCACUCUAAAAGCAUUUCCGAUGUUAAAACCACUUUAUUUAAAUCUUUUACAGUUUUUUGUAUAUCAUGAAAAAUGACAGAUCAUAAAGGCACUCACCUAAGGACAGAAUGGAGACAAUAAUGCCAACCCAGGUUAUAACAAAAAACUAAUGUAACGGACAAAACCCACUGUUCAGACUUGGUUUUUCUUUCUUUUUUGUAUACAGCUUACACACACAUUUGUGAUCAAUUUAGUAGAGUGGCAUCAUGUGAAGUUACUUGUUUAUGAUUGAUGGCUCAUUUCUUUGCCAUUUUUGACCCUCUGUCCUUGCCUUGUUGCAUGCUGAAGAUGGCAGAACAGAAAUGCGUUUAAUAUGCAGUUAUUCCAGCUGUACAAAUGAAAAACGGUCAGUCUGAACAGUGAGUGUUGUCUUGUGCAAAGAUAAGAUGUGCCUACAAACACCAGCAAACAACCCGUAAAUGAAACUGAAACUUGUCUUACUAACUGAGGUAUUCCCCUUCUUACUACUAGAUUUUCUAGUAGAAAUUCCAGUUUGUUUUUUUUUUCUUUUUUUAUACUUUCCUAUUUGGUCACCAGACAAAUUUCAAAGUGCUGAUUCUGAAUAAAGUGGUCUCCACAUAUGUUUGUGUUUGCAGAAAUGGGAUGAAUCAACGCAAUACAUAGUCCCAACAACACUGAGCCAUUUUACAUCUUCAGCUAGCAGUGAAAUAAAGGGAAAGUCCCUUACCACUGAGCGUUUUGUCAGGUCCAAGAUGCUUUGCUGCCGCUCUUCAUUUGUUAGCCAUUGGCUUGGCAUUCAGGCAUUGGUGAAUGCAGUAGUUCACCUGCCAGCAGCUUAGGUAAGGCCUCUGUCAGAAUAUCAUUUUUACAUCUGCAACUUGAACUUAAAAUAUGUUUGAACAAAUACA